UCUUCCUUCUAUUCGACCUUCACCUUUUCGAUUUCCUUCGUCACGCUCUCUAAUUCAUCUAUUCUCCCCUUCUCUUUCCCCAUGCUGCGUUGAGCAGCAACCGGGCUUCGACUUCUUCCUUCAAUCCGAUUUUCUUAGAUCAUCCCGGCAGACUUUCAAGUUCGCCCUUCGACGAUGGCGUCGAGCUCGCAAGCUUACACGAGCGGCGCGGCUGGCGCAGAUAAUGAGUUGCGGAGACGACAGGUGGGAGGUGCGUCACAGCAUGCCACCGCGGUGGUAGACCGUAAGGAGGAGGAGAAAUCGAAACAGCAGGGCUUUAGCAUCCUACGGUUCCUCGAUGAGUGGGAGUUCCUGAUUGCUCCGCUGAUAUUCACCGGUUUUGCGUUCUUUACGCGGAUGUGGAAGAUUGGUCUUUCACCCAUCGUGACGUGGGACGAGGCACAUUUCGGGAAGUUCGGCUCACAUUACCUCAAACGCGAAUUCUACUUCGACGUACAUCCCCCGCUUGGCAAGAUGCUUGUUGGUCUCUCUGGCUACAUGGCCGGCUACAACGGUUCCUUCGAAUUCAAAUCCGGCGAGACGUACCCCGAAGAAGUCAACUACACGUUCAUGCGACUCUUCAACGCCACGUUCGGAGCCCUCUGCGUUCCUCUCGCCUAUUACACUGCCAAGGCGCUGAACUUCCGACGCGCAACCGUCUGGCUCGUCACGCUGGCAGUUCUAUGUGAGAACUCGUACACGACGAUCAGCAGGUUUAUCUUACUGGACUCGAUGCUGCUGUUCUUCACGUUCACGACGGUCCUGUGCUGGGCGAAGUUCCAUCAAUAUCGGCGUGACCCGUUCAGCCCGGAGUGGGGCCUGUGGUUGAUGCUGACCGGCGUGUCGAUCGGCUGUGUCUGCAGUGUGAAAUGGGUUGGGUUUUUCUGCACCGCGUUGGUUGGCCUAUAUACCAUCGAGGACCUAUGGAACAAGUUCGGGGAUACCAAGAUGCCCAAAGUCGAGUUCGCGGCGCAUCUUGGGUUCCGGGUUUUCGGCCUGAUCCUCAUCCCCACGAUGGUCUACAUGUUCUCCUUUUACAUCCACUUCCUCGUCCUUGAGAACAGCGGGCCGGGCGAUGCUCAAAUGAGCUCCCUCUUCCAAGCCAACCUCCGGGGCACCGAAGUCGGAAAAGAUAGCCCGCUCGAAGUCGCCAUCGGUUCUCGCGCCACGCUCAAGAAUAUGGGCUACGGUGGUGGUCUCCUCCAUUCUCAUGUCCAGACUUAUCCUGAGGGCUCUUCCCAGCAGCAGGUCACCUGCUACCACCACAAGGACGCCAACAAUGACUGGUUCUUCUACCCCAACCGCCACGAACCCGAAUACGACCAGGAAGCCGAGAUCAAGUUCAUCGGCAACAACGACAUCAUCCGCCUGAUCCACGCGCAGACAGGCCGUAACCUGCACUCGCAUACCGUUGCUGCGCCCGUUACGAAGGCCGAUUGGGAAGUCUCGUGCUACGGCAACACCACUAUCGGUGACACCAAGGAUCACUGGAAAAUCGAAGUCGUCGAUGAUGCGUCGUCGAGGGACUACACCAAGAUCCGGACGCUCACCACCGCGUUCCGUCUGAAGCAUGUCGACCUGGGCUGCUAUCUCCGCGCAGGCAAUGUCAACCUGCCGCAGUGGGGUUUCAAGCAAAUCGAAACUACCUGUGUGAAGGAGAAUAAGCCCCGAGAUGUGUUCACGCACUGGAAUAUUGAGUCGCACGUCAACGAGAGGUUGCCGGCGGGCGAUCCGGGGUCAUAUAAGUCUCCGUUCUUCCGCGACUUUGUCCAUUUGAACGUGGCGAUGAUGACGUCGAACAACGCGCUGGUCCCCGAUCCAGACAAGCAAGAUGAUCUUGCGUCAAUGUUCUGGAAAUGGCCGAUCCUCGGAGUUGGUCUCCGGAUGUGUGGUUGGGAUAGUCAUAUCGUCAAAUACUUCCUCCUCGGCAACCCGCUCGUCUACUGGGGCAGCACUGCUAGUCUCGGCAUCUUCGGCCUCCUCGUCGCUUGGUACGUCAUCCGCUGGCAGCGCGGCUACAAAGAGCUCUCCCAGCGCGAAAUGGACCACAUCCACUACGCCGGCCUCUACCCGGUCAUCGGCUGGUUCCUCCACUACCUCCCCUUCAUGAUCAUGGGCCGCGUCACCUACGUCCAUCACUACUACCCCGCGCUCUGGUUUGCGAUCCUUACCGCCGGGUUCUGCGUCGAUUGGGCGACGUGGCGGCUGGCCAAGUGGCAGUGGGUGGUGUAUUUCCCACUGUACGUCGCGGUGGUCGGGUUGUUCUAUCUGUUUAGGGCGAUUUGCUUUGGGAUGGAGGGAGAUAGUGCGCAGUGGAAGCAUCUGAAGUGGUUCCAAUCCUGGCGCAUCACGGAUUAGUGUGGCUUUCGGCAGUUUGUGGUUGGGUAUGCAUGAUUGCUUGGGGAAGAAGAUGAUGCUACAGGAGAUGACUCUACAGGUGGUCUGGAAAAAACCGCUUGGGCACAAGAUGGACGGGACGUUUGUGUACGGGUCUGUAUCAACACUGGGCAUGUCAACGGGUUUAAAAGGUCAAGGGCGCCUAGGUUUGAGCAUUUCCACUUUGCUUUGCCUUUCAUAUGAGCAUGUGAGUCCUUGUGGAUUAUAUCUCUUUUAACACACUACUAUAUCUAAUUGCAUCC